GCGGAGGAAUGAGCGAGCCAUGACCCAGCAGACAGCAGCCCAGGCGGAGACGGCCGACGUGGUGCAGUUGCAUCCCGGCCAGGUCGCGAAGGACCUCUACGAGGUGGGCGAGAUCCCGCCGCUCGGGCAUGUGCCCAAGCAGAUGUACGCCUGGGCGAUCCGGCGCGAGCGCCACGGCGAUCCGGACACGGCCAUGCAGGUCGAGGUGGUCGACACGCCGGAGCUCGACAGCCAUGACGUGCUGGUCCUGGUGAUGGUGGGCGACGAGGUGGUCGUCCACUGCAACCAGGACGACGGCGACGACGAGGAAUGCAACGGCGGCGACCCGAUGUUCUCGCCCAGCCAGCGGAUCUGGGGCUACGAGACGCCGGACGGCUCCUUCGCCCAGUUCGCCCGGGUGCAGGACCGCCAGCUCAUGGCGCGGCCGCGCCACCUGACCUGGGAGGAGUCGGCCUGCUACACCCUGACGCUGGCCACCGCCUACCGCAUGCUCUUCGGUCACCGCCCGCACAUCCUGCGGCCCGGCCACAACGUGCUGGUCUGGGGCGCCUCGGGCGGGCUGGGCUCCAUGGCGAUCCAGCUCAUCGCCACCGCCGGCGCCAACGCCAUCGGCGUGAUCUCCGACGAGUCCAAGCGCGACUUCGUGCUCUCGCUCGGCGCCAAGGGCGUGAUCAACCGCAAGGAUUUCGACUGCUGGGGCCAGCUCCCGCCGGUCAACAGCGAGGACUACAAGCGCUGGUUCGCCGAGACGCGCAAGUUCGGCAAGGCGAUCUGGGACAUCACCGGCAAGGGCAACAACGUCGACUUCGUCUUCGAGCACCCGGGCGAGUCGACCUUCCCGGUCUCCUCCUUCGUGGUCAAGCGCGGCGGCAUGGUGGUCUUCUGC